UAAAUUAUUAUUGUUAGCCUCAAAAGAAUAUCUCUCGCAGAUUUUAUUCUCCAUGAAAAAUUGAAUGGAAGUUAAAAAUGUUAUUCCUACGUCGUUUAAGCCGAUGCAUUUUAUAUACCUAAAUUCUCAACUGAUCCCUUCCCUCUGAUCUCAUUCAGGCAACUGCUCACAGUGACUCACGCCGUUCGCCCCUCAGCCAUCCCGAUUCUCUCACGGACUCAUUGUCUUUGUCUUUGUGCAUAAUCCUCGUCCUUUCCUCUCUCGUUCUCGACUCUGCACAAAAUCCCCCGCCUCUCAAUCUCGCCGCUGCACCGGAAAGCGUCAUCUUACGACGCUGCGUAAAAGAAAGCCCCUCGCAGGAUUUUUUUAAAAAAGGGCUCAUGCAGGCUCAGAUAUUAUAUGCUUAGCAGUAAAAGAGCUUGGAUGAAUACAGGCAGUUAAAGCUAUAUCCUAGUUGUGUUUAGGCUGGGUUCAGAAACACAUGAAUUUCCACCAAUUGCUGAGGUGUGGUGCAUUCCCAAGUUCCCAACAGUUAUUCACAUAUUACAACAUAAUUCCAACAACAAACUUACCAUGCCUUCUCAAUUUUGACAAGUGAAGCUGGGAUGAGAAGCUGGGUCCAGUUGUAUGUUAUCUAUUUAAUCAGUAACCAAUGUUUAUCUGGUGGGUGGUGGCAUAGGCAGAAAUAAAGGCAAUUAAAGAAAAGGCUUCUGCUGUAACAACUCAAUGACAAGAGAGCUCACAGAAUCUACCAAAUGGAGAUGAAGUUAGAGCAGAAGGAUGCAGCUGAUUGGGUUUAUAGGGGUGAAGGUGCUGCUAAUCUAGUCCUCUCUUACACCGGAUCAUCUCCCCUUUUUAUUGGGAAGGUAAUGAGAAUACAAAAGACAGCAAGGAACGGCUCUUCACAUUGUCUGGAGGAUCACACAGUAUUAACAGAGCAUGAAAGAUUGCUAUGGAAAGAGUCAGAAGAGCUAGUGUCAUCUUCUACAAAAGAACUGGCGGAGUUGCAUUAUGUGAAACAUGUCAUGACCCCUUUGUUGGGUCCCAAGCACGUCGAUGCUGGUAUGCAUGUCGUAACAUCUAGCGAAUUUCUUGAAUCGAUUGAAAAGAAAGUGGUUUGUCAGCGUCCUGCUUGGCGAGUUGAUGCUGCCAAGGUUGAUACAAAAUGUGAUUUUGUGCUCCUGAUGACUGAUCAUUCUCUAUUUCCCAAUGGUACUGCUAAAGUUGGCCCCUGCAUAUCUGUUGAGAUAAAGCCCAAAUGUGGAUUUCUACCUUUAUCAAGAUUCAUAGCUGAAAAAAAUGCCAUCAAAAGAAGCACAACUCGUUUUAGAAUGCACCAAGUCCUGAAAUUGCGCCAACAUGAGAUAUCGGAGUUAAGCCAAUAUGACCCGUUGGAUAUUUUCUCUGGUUCCAAGGAAAGAAUAUAUAAAGCUCUCAAUGAUCUCUAUAGUACCCCUCAGAACAAUUUCCGCGUAUUCUUAAAUGGCUCUAUUAUAUUUGGGGGCUUGGGUGGUGGCACAAAUAAAACUAGUAUUGUGAUUGGAAAAGCUUUUGAAAGCGCAUUGAAGGAAGUCAUCCAGGCAGAUGAUGGUUUGCGUACAAGGAGUUUCAUAGAGCUUGUUGCUGAGACUGUUUAUAAUUCUCAAGUAUUGGAUCAGCUUCUUGAAGUUCAGAAGCUAGAUAAUUUUGAUAUUGAAGGGGCAAUUCAUGCUUAUUAUAACAUUAUUUCUCAGCCUUGCAUGGUAUGUAGAGAAUUUGAUGAAGCAAGAGUUCCACAUGGAUAUGCCUCCUUGCAUUCCAUUCCUUUGAGUGAAAGCUUGAAGAUCGUAAAGGAUUAUUUAAUAGCUGCAACUGCUAAGGACUGUAGUUUGAUGAUCAGUUUUAAACCAAGGGACGAUGGGGAUUUUGGGUCUCCAUAUGGUCAUAUACACAUAAAAUCAACCAACCAAAACUUUGAUUACAAGGUGAAUUUCAUCGACUUGGAUUUGAAGCCCUUAAAAAAGAUGGAAACCUAUUAUGAAAAGGACAAGAAGAUACUAAACGCCUAUGCUCAGAUGGGGGAAACAAAACAUAUGAAAGGCAACACUAGUAUGGAGGUCUAUGAAACUAUAAAGUGACAUUCAACAAGACUCUGGAGCAUUCUUACUUUACUGAAGACUAUCGUUUACAGUGCGACUGUAUGAAGAUAAGCAAGACUGAAUACUGAUGCUCCGGCAUGGUUUCAGAUCAGGAUCUCAGCUAAGAUUGAAGGUUUGUGAAGUUAUGUUUUGAUUGGCCAGAUAGAAUACACAGCGGUCACAAUACAUUGACAGCAGUGGCAGCUGUACCAUGUGCUGGAUAAUGAGGUGCUACUCUGUGAAGUCAGUGAAUCUGUGUAAGAGCAGGACAUUUUAGGACCUCUUCUGAAGUUUUUACAGCCAAAAAAGACAAAAGGUGGCAGAAGUAGGGUACGAUGUACUCAUUCAGCUAACCGCAAUGCCCACUGAAGCUCUUUUGAUAAAUUAAGGGACUGCUUGAUGCCCUUUAGGCCACAACAACUUUUAAUUCAAGAAAACUAUAGUGUCAGUGGAGCUGCGCUGUUCAAAAUGCAGGCAGAAGGUGAUGAAGUUAAUUGCAACAAUUGAAGGGAUAACUUCUAUCGUCCUUGACCCUUCGAAGAAGACAGUGACCGUGAUUGGUGAAGCUGAUCCAGUGAAGAUCAUUAAGAAAGUCAGGAAAUUUCGAAAGUGUGCAACAAUUUUGAGCGUAGGGCCUCCCAAGGAAGAGAAGAAGGAAGAUAAAGAUUCACUUAUGAAACAAAUGAUCGUUCCUUGUGCUCCAAAGCCAUGUCAGAGAUGCGAUGUUUGGUAUGUGGUUGAUGACUUUUAUAGUUAUUGUUCUAUCAUGUAAAUUGGAAAAAUCUCCUAUCUCAUGCAGACUUGUGCUGAUCAAAACGUUAUGUUUCGUGUUCUGAACAUCUUUUAAUUCUAUUGCAUGCUACUGAAAUUUACUUUUUAAUCAACAAAUGAUUACUUCCCUCAAUGAUCA